CAUCAUAAUAUUCUUAGAACAAUCAAACAAGACAAAGUCUCCGGGUAGAAGUCCUAAUGCAACACUAAAAAUGACAAAAUUACCCCUAUUUGAAUUAAAAUAAAGAAAACUAUUGGAUGGGAAGAGAAUAUUAGAGCCUGCUUGUUGGAGAAACUUUGAAAUUUGUGGAAAUGAAAUGAAUUAUUGCUUCCAUAACAACAGGACACACAACUAUCCACCUCAACAGUACUACACACUGCUGCAUUGAUGCACGUCAAACAAAAAAAUUUGGGAGUUUCUUACGCUUGUGUUUGAGUUGAUGCAUACUGGAGAGCACAUAGACAUUUUUGCUUCUUUCUUUUAAAUAGUUAUGAACUUUAUUUUGUGUUGAUGCAUCGCAACCAACCAGCUUUUCAGGAUAAGAUAAAGAUAGACAAUGGCGGAUUCAGGCAACAAAUUCAUCCUCACUCCACUGUCCAAAACCACAUAAAAUUACGAUAGAUCUUCUGAGCUCAAAGCUUUUGAUGACACUAAAUCCGGUGUCAAAGGAUUAGUCGACGCCGGAGUCACUGAAAUUCCACGCAUCUUUUACAGGCCACCAGAGGAUUCCGAUUCCGACGAUGUUUCUAGCAAAACCCAAAUCCAGAUCCCCGCGAUAGAUCUCAACCACGUUGGCAGUAAUUCACUCAAACGCAAAUACACCACCGAUAGAAUCCGAGAAGCUUCAGAGAAAUUUGGGUUUUUCCAACUGAUUAACCAUGGGAUUCCGGUGAGCGUUUUGGAAGGGGUGUAUGACGCGGUUCGAAGAUUUAACGAACAAGAAACAGAAAUAAAGAAACAAUACUAUUCUCGCGACUUCUCUAAGCCUUUUAUUUACAUCAGCAAUUUUGAUCUCUACUUUGCAAAAACCACCAAUUGGAGGGAUACAUUUAGAUACGCAAGCGCCACAACUCCCCAGGAUCAGCAAGACAUACCAGAAAUUUGCAGAGACAUUCUGGUGUAUUACUCAAAACGAUUGAUGGAAAUCGGGAAAUUACUAUUUGAAUUGUUAUCGGAAGCUCUGGGGUUGAAUCCAAAUUACUUGAACGAUAUAGGAUGUAGCGAAGGGGUUUCACUUGUAUGCCACUAUUACCCGCCAUGCCCACAGCCAAACUUGACCAUCGGCACAUCAGAGCACACCGACAAUGAUUUUAUCACUGUUCUAUAUCAAGAUCACGUCGGCGGCCUACAGAUUCGUUACGAGAACAGUUGGGUGGAGGUUGCCCCUGUGGACGGAGCUUUAGUGGUGAACAUCGGAGAUCUUAUGCAGCCGACAACAAACGACAAAUUCAAAAGCGUUAAGCAUAGAGUUGUUGCGAAAAAGGAAGGUCCAAGAGUAUCAGUGGCUGGGUUUUUCUCCAAGUUUCCGUUAUCGACGUCCAAAUUAGCACCCAUUGAAGAGUUGAUUUCGGAAGAAAAUCCUGCAGUAUACAGAGAAACCACAAUUAGAGACUUCAAUAUUCAGUUCCGUUCGAAAGGUCUUGGAACUACUACUUUGGAGCAUUUCAAGAUAAAACCUGGAGAUGCAGAUGCUUAAUUGUGGUUAGUUGUGGGUGUUCGUUCUCUCUUUGAUUCAAACUUCCAUCUAUUAUUGAAAAACUAAACUGAAUUAAAGGUUGCUCCUUGCCGUUUCUGUCAUACUAUAUAUUAGUAAGCAUUUGCGUAA